AGCCAUCUUCAUCCAUUCUGGUAUGAUGCGGUCAGUCCUUGUGCUCCUCGCGGUUAUUGCCGCUUUCUUGUUGAUUUGCGUUCGUUGUGCGCCUCGAGAGGUGUCCGAAUAUAAACAAGGAUCUCCAAGAAUUCCAAAUAACAUAAGAAAUAAAAGAAGUAUAGAUUCAAUUGACCAUGGUUUAAUAGGCAGAAGUUUAGAUCCAAUUGGUGGAGGAAGCUUAAUAGGCAGAUCUCUAGAUAGUAUUGGUGGAAACAGAUUACUUGGUAGAAGUGUGGAUCCCAUUGAUAAUGGACUGAUAGGUAGAUCCCUAGAUAGCAUAGGUGGCAGUCGUUUAUUAGGCAAAAGUAUAGAUCCCAUUGAUCCAGGCAAUUUAAUUGGAAGAUCUCUGGAUAGUAUUGGUGGAAACCGAUUGCUUGGCAGAAGUAUUGACCCAAUUGACAACGGUUUGAUAGGUAGAUCACUUGAUAGCAUAGGCGGCAGUCGUUUAUUGGGCAAAAGUGUAGAUCCUAUUGAUCCAGGCAAUUUAAUUGGAAGAUCUCUCGAUAGUAUUGGUGGAAACCGAUUGCUUGGCAGAAGUAUUGACCCAAUUGACAACGGUUUGAUAGGUAGAUCACUUGAUAGCAUAGGCGGCAGUCGUUUAUUGGGCAAAAGUAUAGAUCCUAUUGAUGGAGGCAGUUUAAUCGGAAGAUCUCUAGAUAGUAUCGGUGGAAACCGAUUACUUGGCAGAAGUAUUGACCCAAUUAACCAUGGGUUGAUUAGUAAAUCACUUGAUAGCAUAGGCGGCAGUCGUUUAUUGGGCAAAAGUAUAGAUCCUAUUGAUGGAGGCAGUUUAAUCGGAAGAUCUCUAGAUAGUAUCGGUGGAAACCGAUUACUUGGCAGAAGUAUUGACCCAAUUGACCAUGGUUUAAUUGGUAGAUCACUUGAUAGCAUAGGCGGCAGUCGUUUAUUGGGCAAAAGUAUAGAUCCUAUUGACGGAGGAAGUUUAAUCGGGAAAUCUCUAGAUAGUAUCGGUGGAAACCGAUUACUUGGCAAAAGUAUUGACCCAAUUGACAACGGUUUGAUAGGUAGAUCACUUGAUAGCAUAGGUGGCAGUCGUUUAUUGGGAAGAAGUAUAGAUCCUAUUGACGGGGGCAGCUUAAUCGGAAGAUCCCUAGAUAGUAUCGGUGGAAACCGAUUACUUGGCAGAAGUAUUGACCCAAUUGACCAUGGUUUAAUUGGUAGAUCACUUGAUAGCAUUGGUGGCAGUCGUUUAUUGGGCAAAAGUAUAGAUCCUAUUGACGGAGGAAGUUUAAUCGGAAGAUCUCUAGAUAGUAUCGGUGGAAACCGAUUACUUGGCAGAAGUAUUGACCCAAUUGACCAUGGUUUAAUUGGUAGAUCACUUGAUAGCAUAGGCGGCAGUCGUUUAUUGGGCAAAAGUAUAGAUCCUAUUGAUGGAGGAAGUUUAAUCGGAAGAUCUCUAGAUAGUAUCGGUGGAAACCGAUUGCUUGGCAAAAGUAUUGACCCAAUUGACAACGGCUUGAUAGGUAGAUCACUUGAUAGCAUAGGCGGCAAUCGUUUAUUGGGAAGAAGUAUAGAUCCUAUUGACGGGGGCAGCUUAAUCGGAAGAUCCCUAGAUAGUAUCGGUGGAAACCGAUUGCUUGGAAGAAGUAUUGACCCAAUUGACAACGGCUUGAUAGGUAGAUCACUUGAUAGCAUAGGCGGCAGUCGUUUAUUAGGCAAAAGUGUAGAUCCCAUUGAUCCAGGUAAUAUAAUUGGAAGAUCUCUAGAUAGUAUAGGUGGAAACCGACUGCUUGGUAAAAGUAUUGACCCAAUUGACAACGGUUUGAUAGGAAGGUCCCUUGAUAGUAUAGGUGGUAGCCGUUUAUUAGGUAAAAGUGUAGAUCCUAUCGAUGGAAAUCUUAUUGGAAGAUCACUGCCAGGUGAUAUUGGUGGUGGUGCUUUGAUUGGUAGAGGAUUAGAUACCAUUGAUACUUACGAACUUUAUUACUAAGAUAUUGUUAUGUUAUCAAGUUACCAUCAAAUCAAUAAUAAUAUGGGUUAAUUUUGCAAUUGUAAAUAAAAUGUUGAAGCUAACUAGGACUAAUAUACAAAUAAAAUAAAAUACUUGAUUUCUGUUUUCUUUUAUUUCACACCAGUAUAACAAGAAA